ACCGAAACCGUCUAUGUCGGGCGAACUUUGUGUAAUUUCUGCUUUUUCGCUGUUGAAAGCCUUUUAGGCUUCAAAGCGCGGCAAAAAUGGUGGAAAAUGGCUAUGAGAACACGAAACUGAUUCACCACGAGCUGAAAAACGCUAAUUUGACAGCUCAUGAAGACGAAAAGGUUGGACUGGAGAAUUUUGAGCUUCUCAAAGUUCUUGGAACGGGAGCAUAUGGAAAAGUUUUUCUCGUUCGUAAAAGAGGUGGCUACUUCACCGGGAACCUAUACGCCAUGAAAGUGCUGAAAAAGGCUACGAUCGUUCAGAAAGCGAAGACAGCUGAACAUACUCGCACUGAGCGACAAGUCCUGGAAGCAGUUCGCCGGUGUCCAUUUCUUGUCACAUUACACUGGGCUUUUCAAACAGAAUCAAAACUACAUUUGAUAAUGGAUUAUGUGAAUGGAGGCGAACUUUUCACCCACUUGUAUCAACGAGAGAAGUUCACAGAAGACGAAGUUAGAAUAUACAUUGGAGAAAUUAUUAUUGCUAUCGAACAUCUUCAUAGGCUCGGUAUAAUUUACCGUGACAUCAAAUUAGAGAACAUCCUAUUGGACUCUGAUGGGCAUGUGGUGAUCACAGACUUUGGGCUGAGCAAGGAGUUUUCAGCGCCUAACUCGGGCGAGAGAGCUUAUUCAUUCUGUGGAACAAUUGAGUACAUGGCCCCUGAAGUUGUCAAAGGUGGUAGUAGAGGGCAUGAUAAGGCAGUGGACUGGUGGAGUCUGGGUGUUCUCAUGUAUGAAUUGCUCACGGGAGCCUCACCUUUUACUGUUGAUGGCGAGAAAAAUAGUCAGUCUGAGAUUUCUAAACGAAUUCUGUAUAACAACCCGCCCAUGCCAGCAGACAUUUCAAGAGAAGUUGUGGAUUUACUUCUGAAGCUUUUGCAGAAAGAUCCAAAAGUGCGACUUGGAGCAAAGGGAGCCCAAGACAUAAAGGAUCAUCCUUUCUUCAAGGCAAUUGAUUGGGGGCUGCUUGCUGAGAGGAAGAUUGCUGCUCCCUUUAAACCUCGCAUUGGAUUUGAAACUGAUGUGAGUAACUUUGCAGAAGAAUUCACAGACAUGGUCCCCACAUAUUCACCAGCAGCCAUACCUAAGACUGCGGAUAGAAUUUUCAAGGGUUAUUCAUUUGUAGCACCCUCAAUAAUAUUUGGAGAAAAUGAAUUUACCAAGCGUCUGGUGGCAAACAAACCCUCAGAGCACAGGCCAGCUCCAGGUGCUGUAGAUUAUGCAGCUUUAUUUGAGGAUUCUCCUUUUUUUCGAAACUAUGCUAUUAGUGAUGAAGUUCUUGGUGAUGGAAGUUUUUCAACUUGUAGAAAAUGUGUCCACAUUAGAACUAGGGUUGCGUAUGCAGUGAAAGUUGUGAGCAGAAGGCGUGAUCAUAUCCGGGAAGAACAGUCUCUAAGAAUCUGUCAAGGUCAUCCUAAUAUUGUGCGACUGCAGGAGGUGUUUCAGGAUGAUUUCCAUACCUAUUUAGUUUUGGAAUUACUUGGAGGUGGAGAGCUCUUGGAAAGAAUACGGAAAAAGAAAAAUUUUUGUGAAGUGGAAGCAAGCAACAUAAUUAGGAAAUUAGCCUCUGCUGUGGAAUUCAUGCAUGGCCGAGGAGUUGUACAUAGAGAUUUAAAACCUGAGAACUUACUGUUUGUAGAUAAUUCAGAGGAUGCAGAACUAAAAAUUGUGGACUUUGGCUUUGCAAGACUUAAGCCAGAAAAUCAACCCUUAAGGACGCCUUGCUUCACGGCGGCUUAUGCUGCACCUGAAGUAAUCAGCCAAACUAUGAACAGAAGUGGCUAUGAUGAAUCAUGCGACUUAUGGAGUCUUGGAGUUAUAAUGUACACCAUGUUGUCUGGUCAGGUACCAUUCCAAAGCAGUCGUAGCUUUAGAUCUUCAGAUUUCAUCAUGCAAAGAAUAACACAUGGUGACAUCAGAUUUGAAGGGCAGCAGUGGGAGUCGAUAUCACCAGCUGCAAAAGACCUCAUCAAAGGGCUUUUAACAGUGGAUCCAAGCAAGAGACUAAAAAUUAGAGAAGUUGUGAACCACGAGUGGCUUAGGGGUGGUACAUGUCUGCCCCAUACCCCUCUCAUGACCCCAGGAAUUUUGGGCAAAGGACAUAAAAGGACUUACGUGGAGUCUGCAUUAAAUGUAACAUAUGAUGCUUUUAACAGAGCACAUAAGGAGGGAUUUACCUUAAUGGAUGUGCAACAAGCACCACUUGCCAAGAGACGGAAAAAGAACAAGACAACGUCAACAGAAAGUAGGUCUACCACAAGUAGUGAUCUAAGCAACAGUGGAGGAACAUCCCCCUUAUUAAAUCCAAGAUGACACUGGUCACUCAAAUGGUAAAUUUUUUUUGAAUAAUUUCGAACUUGUUACAAAUGGAGAAAAACUGUAGAUAUGGCACACUGUGAGUGAUGCAAAUACCGUGUAAGAAUGAAUGAAUUGCAGUUUGUAUGACUGAUAGACAAGUAUAAUUUGUUAAUAAAAUAUUUUAAGAAUAAUAGCAAUAUUAAGUUCACUUGGAAAUGUAGUUUGAAGGUGGAUGUUAAACAAUUUGCUGUUGUGGUGAGAAUGAAAUUUUAUAAUUUAUUGUGUGAUAUGAGUUUUUGUAGUGCACAAGGUUGCAUUUUAACAAUUUUUUUUUAGAAAACACACUCAAAUAAUUUGCGAUACAUAAUGACAAGAUUUUGGGGUACUUUAUAAUUACUAGUCAAGAUUGGUUGGGGACACAAAUUUCUUAAAAUUGUAGUGUAUAUAACAGUAAGUUAUUAUUUCUUGUAAUAGGACUGAAAGUAAUGUUACAAUGGCAUCCAUUGGAAUCCUCAUUAUAAUAGUUAUUAGUAAUACUUGUUCUUAUGACUAUGCUGUAUGUCCAUAUAAAAGCUCUUGUCAAGAUUUUUUUUUUUUCAAAUAAAUGUUUGGGCACACAGUAGAGCAAAAAAUUAUAUAGAGGUAUUGUAGAUGACCUGAAAGUUAUGACUCACCAACUGGUAGAAAUUGCUAGCCUUCUGCCUCUCUUCAGAAGUUCUUGAAAUGGAAUUCUUACCCUUUCCUGCCCAAGGGAAAUGCCAAAUUUUUUCUAAAAUGAGAGUAAUGAACCACUAGAUAUAGACCAUGUAUAAUAUAUCAUUUUAUAGGUUUUUUUGGGGUGCAUGCUAUAAAGGACACCAACAGAUGUAGAGGAGGUAACUGAAAGACUGUCUGAGAAGUGUCCAAAGUGUAGAAUAAAAAACCUUGACAUUUUUUGUUUGCCUUGUACAUGUAGAGUAUACCACUAAACUAUAGGCUAAAUUGCAACCCUCAGAGCAUUGAUUGUGGUGAGAUAUCACCUGAACCAAAACAGUGCAAAGACAAAAAGUUCCAAAAGUUGCAGGAGUGGUAAACCAAGUCUUAUAUUGGAGGGGACCAUGGUUUUAUGCCUUCAAUGUGCAGAUCUUUCAAUGACCUUUUGGUUGCAAAAAAUUCAGAAAAAAUGAAUAAAUAUUUAGUAUGUAAUGGCAUCCUGUGCUAUAUGGUACUUUUGAGCUGGAAAGGGUUAAGAAACUGAACUGAUGUUAAAAUAAUUGGCAUUCAUAGAUACCCAUCUGAGUGUACAGUGAUCAUAAAAAAUUUCUUUUUUCAACACAUCCUUCUCUCUUUAACUCCUAAGAUCUGAUUGUUAAUUCUCCCUUCUAGCCACCACAUAUUUCCUUGUGAAUUAGUUUCGAGAAUUUGAUUUUAGAUCCAAGUAACAACUUAAGCCUAAGCCUAAGUUUCAGUAUAUUUAUUUCCUGUUUGCAAAAUGAUGUUUGAAUAUCAUGAGAAGUCACAUUAAUUUUUAAUGACUUUUGGGAGUUAAAGGGUUAAAAUAGCCCUAAUUUUAUAGCAUGCAAUUUUGAAUUUUUUUUUUUAUUUUAAGCUUACUUUCCUAAUAAGCCAUUUUACAGUUGUGUUCUUAAUUGCCAAGCCUUUGAUUUGGAGUGAGGCUGAAGGUGACCUUGUGAUAGAGACCAAUAUCUAGUAAGCAUGAUAACAAAGUAAUUUACAUUUGAAAAGCAGCAACAUUUUUAUCCCAACAAGGUCAAUCUUAGCAGCCUCACUUCUGUUCAAAGGCAUGGCAGACAAGUUGGCAACUGUUAAAUGGAUUAUUAUUAAUAAUGUCUGCAGUCAAUUUUUGUAAUGAAAAUGUUUCUCUCUUCUGGAGCACCAAGUAGCCAGGGUUUUAGAUAUAUUUGGGUAACCCUACUUUGUUAGUUUUUCUGAUCACCAAAGUGUUCUUUUUUUAUUUGGUAAGGAAUUUGACUUCAAGAAAGUUUCUCAGGGAGUUUCACUUUGAGGUGAUAAUGGGUAAUAUUGGCCUGUUUACUUACCUUGUGCUAACAAACAAGAACUGUUUUCACAAUCAGUGUCUGUAAAAUAAAUGCUUGCACUCAGUAUUAAUUGCAAAACUUGAAAUAGGUCUACUGUACUGUAAUUAAACAAUGGUAGUGGUUAAAAUUUUUGUCAUUAAGAACACUAAUAGUAAGUAACACAUUCAAGCUUUUUUACAAACUACAUGAAUUGCGAAUUUUGUUUUGUUUUUCAUUACGAGCCUUAAAAGUCUUCCAGAUCUUCAGGAAAAUUGUUUGAAAGGCUGAAAAUCAAGGCAACAUUAUGUCGCAUCACUAGUAAAUAUUAACUGUUAUCGACAAUACGUAAUGGUCUGCAUUUUUAUGCCAAACGCAUGUUUUUUCCUUUUUGUCUGAAGUGUAGCUAUUUUCAAGGAGUGAGAACAGACAAUGUAAGUAUGAGGAAAGACAAGUAAGGUUGGAAAGAUAAUCGAUUAAUGUAAUUACAGGUAGCACAAGUUGACCAGAUUGAAUAAUAAAUGAGGCUUUUAAAAAGUUUCAAAAUGUAGACAGAA